AUGGCUACUCGUUGGCUCUUCUCAACUAACGCUAAGGACAUUGGUACACUUUACCUUCUGUUCGCUAUCUUCACAGGUCUACUAGGUACAGCAUUCUCAGUACUAAUCCGACUAGAACUGUCUGGUGCCGGUACACAAUUCCUAAACGGUGACCACCAACUAUACAAUGUGAUCGCUACAUCACACGGUAUUUUCAUGAUUUACUUCAUGGUUGUACCUGCUAUGGCUGGAUUCGGUAACUACAUGGUUCCUGUUCUAAUUGGGGCUCCUGAUAUGGCAUUCCCUCGACUUAACAACGUAUCAUUCUGGAUUCUACCACCUGCUAUCGUACUAAUGCUAGCAAGUGUAUUCGUAGAACAAGGAAUGGGUACAGGAUGGACUAUGUACAUGCCUAUUUCCGGUGUACAAUCUCACUCAGGUGGUUCAGUUGACCUUGCUAUCUUCGCUCUACACCUAUCAGGGAUUUCAUCUCUACUAGGUGGAUGUAACAUUAUUACAACAAUUAUUAACAUGCGAGCACCUGGUAUGACUCUGCACAAGAUGCCUCUAUUUGUAUGGGCUAUGCUAAUGCAAUCAAUUAUCAUUAUCCUAUGUAUCCCUGUACUUGCAGGUGCACUAACAAUGAUCAUUACAGACCGUAACUUCAACACUUCAUUCUACGACCCAGCUGGUGGAGGGGACCCUGUUCUAUACCAACACCUGUUCUGGUUCUUCGGACACCCUGAAGUAUACCUAAUGAUUAUUCCUGGAUUCGGUAUGAUUUCACACGUGAUUUCAGCAUUCUCAUCAAAGCCUGUAUUCGGUUACCUAGGUAUGGUUUACGCUAUUGCCUCAAUUGGUAUCCUAGGAUUUAUCGUAUGGUCACACCACAUGUACGCUGUAGGACUAGACGUGGACACACGAGCUUACUUUACAGCAGCCUCAAUGAUUAUCGCAGUUCCAACAGGUAUUAAGGUAUUCUCAUGGCUUGCUACAGCUUACGGUGGUACUGUUCGAUACACAGCUUCUAUGCUAUUCGCACUAGGAUUCGUAGCUCUAUUUACUAUCGGUGGACUUACAGGUGUUGUACUUGCUAACGCUUCAAUGGACGUUGCAAUGCAUGACACAUACUAUGUAGUAGCUCACUUCCACUACGUGCUUUCAAUGGGAGCCGUAUUCUCAAUCUUCGCCGGAUUCUACUACUGGUCACCUAAGUUCUUUGGUAAGGCUUACAGCGAAAAGCUAGCACAAAUCCACUUCUGGACACUGUUCAUCGGUGUAAACACAACAUUUAUGCCACAACACUUCCUAGGACUAGCUGGUGAAUAUAUUAAUGUUCCGCACUCUGAUCUAAUUAUGGGGCCUAUUCUGAUGAGUGCUAUUGUAGUCUCAUCAUAUCACGGACCUCACAUUCAACCCACAUUCCUAGUGGUGCCUGCACAUGUGUAUUACAAUGCAGGUGAGUCACGGGCUCAAAUUGUCAGUGACAACCGAGGUAUUCCGGUAGUCUAUCAAUGGAUUAACCUGAUUACAGGUGAAACAUAUAUCGGUAGUGCCGUUAACGGGGCUACACGACUAGAUAGCUACUACUAUCCAUCAAGUCUACUCAAGUCUCGUGCUCUAGAAUCGGCUCUAGCCACAUAUGGCCAUCACAACUUUACCCUAGCUAUUCUAGAACAAGUUGACACAUCAACAAAUACUACGGUUACACCACUAGGGCAAGUUCGGGCUCGAGAGCAGUACUAUCUUAAUCUACUGUUCAAUACAAUCCCUACACUCCUUAUCAUGAAUCUUUCUCCUACAUCUGGUACAACUACUGGAUACUCGCACGGUGAAGCUUUCAAGCUAGCACGUACGGGUCUACUAAACCCUAUGUACGGACGAGAGCUAUCACCUGAAUUCAUUGCACAACAAACAUGUGAUAAGACAGGUGCUAACAAUCCACAGUACGGUGUGGUAAAGUCAGAAGAAACAGUACGUAAGCUAACUAAGUAUGUAUAUGUCUACGAUGCUAACACACUAGAAUUUAUUGGUAAGUAUGGUACAGUAGAGUGCCUAAAGACUUUCCGAAUUGGAAAGGAUACUCUGCCUAAGCUACUAGCUUCAGGUAAGGCACACAAGAAUAUGCUGUUCCGACGAACAGAACUAACAUAA